CGGGCGCUCCAUCAGUUUCAGAGAUAAAGCGCGCGCGCUCGGAACUGCCAGUAGUGAGUGUCUGUGUCGCAGGUAUGGCGCGUGUGCUGAGCUGGAGGUGGCAGCCGCUGCUGGGAGCCAUUGUACUGGUAUUCGCGGAUGCGGCAGCUUCAGGAAAUAUAAAGAAGUUUCCAGACGGAUUCUUAUUCGGCGCCUCCACCGCUGCAUACCAGGUAGAAGGAGGUGCCUUCGAAGAUGGCAAAGGGCUUUCUAUCUGGGAUAUCGCUACGCACCUGGAGCCAUCCCCAAUUGCAGACGGCAGCACGGGCGACGUCGCAGCUAACUCUUACCAUAUGUACAAGCGAGACGUUGAGAUUAUGACCGAGCUGGGAUUGGACUUCUACCGGUUUUCUGUUUCGUGGCCGCGGAUCCUGCCCGACGGCUUCGUGAAUAACAUAAACAGAGCCGGGAUAGAUUACUACAACAGACUCAUCGACGAAAUGCUGCAGAACGGUAUAACCCCGUUCGUAACCAUGUACCACUGGGACCUGCCGCAAGAGUUGCAGAAGUUGGGAGGAUGGGCCAACCCCGCCAUCGUGGACUGGUUCGCCGAUUAUGCUAAGACUCUGUUUGAUAAUUUUGGUGACAGAGUGAAGAAUUGGAUAACGAUCAAUGAACCCAAACAGAUCUGUUACGAGGGCUACGGGUCCGACAAGAAGGCCCCUUUGGUGAACAUGUCGGGGAUAGCGGAGUACCUAUGCUCCAAGAACGUGCUCCUGGCGCACGCCGCCGCCUACCGCUUGUACGACCGGGAGUACCGGGAACGCCAGCGCGGCAGCGUGGGCAUCGCGCUGAGCUGCUCCUGGUUCGAACCCGCGUCUGAGUCGGCGGAUGACUUCCAAGCGGCUUUGGAUGCUCGCCAAUUUGAUUGGGGCCAAUACGCGCAUCCCAUUUUCAGUAAAGCGGGGGACUAUCCAACGGAACUGAAAAGGAACAUAGCAAUGAAAAGCGCUGAACAAGGCUUCAAACGUUCCCGCCUUCCAGAACUUUCCGCGGCUGAAGUGAAAAUAAUUCAAGGCUCGGCUGAUUUCUUUGGCUUAAAUACUUAUACAAGUAAACUGGCGUACCGGGAUGCGUCGCUGGAAGGAAUGUAUGGUGUCCCAUCGUACAUGGACGACAUGGGCUCCGUGCUGGUCAAGGACCCGUCGUGGGAGCAGGCGGCGUCGUCGUGGCUGCAGGAAGUGCCCUGGGGGUUUUAUAAGCUCCUAAUGGAGAUAAAGAAUCUGUAUGACAAUCCGCGAGUGCUGGUGACUGAGAACGGCUGGUCGAGCACGGGUGGUCUUCUUGACGAGGACCGUAUCCGGUACCUGAGGAGCUACCUGGACGCACUGCUGGCUGCCGUCGAGGACGGAGCCGAGGUGCAGGGCUACGCUGUCUGGAGCCUCAUGGACAACUUCGAGUGGAUGCAGGGCUACAGUGAGAAGUUCGGACUGUACGAGGUGGACUUCUCCAGUCCGGAGCGCACCAGAACCGCGCGCAAGUCUGCCGCCGUCUACAAGGAGAUCGUGAGCUCCCGUCUGCUGGACCCCAGUUUCGAGCCCCAGCUCUACGAGGAGGAGGUUACCAGCGAUGAGCACCAACCACCGAGAGUGGACCUCUACUGACAGCCGUUUCACGCUCCCCACUCCCCGGCAGACCUUUCUUUUCAACAAACAUCUCAAUAUUAAAUAUCUAGAGUUGUCUGUU